AUGAUGGAAGAAAUUGCUGAUGAUAAAUGGCCUGAUCAGUCCAACUUAAACUAUUGCUACCAUUAUCCUCAUCAGGAUAAGUGGAGUGAAAAUAAUGAUGAAGAUGAUGAACAGAUAGACAGUCAGGUAUGUAGAGCAAUGGAGUUUGGAGGAUGGUGGAAUGGACUAAUAUUUAAUCCUCACCACAUUAACCGCUUAUUUGAUAGAAGAAUGCAAUUGAAUGGAACUAUAUUGAAGACUCCUGGGUCAGUGAAGAAGCCAAAUGUGGACUCCUCACAAAUGUCCUAUGGGAAAAAUUGUAGAACAAAGGAGGAGUCUGCCACAGCAUUAAGAGACACACAUUCUCCUAGCAGCUUCUUGACUUUCAUUGUCACAGCUCUGGUCCUCAUGAUGAACGAUGGCAACAACAGCCUCCAAAGGGUAGAAGCAAGCCUAGGCUUAAAACAACAGCUAGACCUGGACACUGUUGACAGAAGCUCAUCUGGUAUUGAUGACCAUUUUGAAACUAGUGAGACUUUAGUUGUUGAGAUCUUGCUAAAUGACUUUUCAAGGGUAGACAGCCAGCAUAGGACAGUCAGUGAACCUAUCAGGAGAUUACAGAAUGACAAUGAUAAAGCGCCUUUCUCCCACAGCCCUUUGAAAAUGUAUGGCUUGUACCUGGAAGCAGUGAAUGAUUACAUCAAUGAAUCUUAUGGGGAAGAUGUGUGGAGACUUAUUGAAGCCCGUGCAGAAAUUCCACAUCUUAAGUUUGUGCGCCAUCAAAUGUACAACUUCUGCUUUCCAUGCUUUUGUGUUUCCUUGCUGACUGGGAAUAGAGUUUACUCUCUUUAUUGCAGUGAUAAUCUCAUUCUACGACUGGCAAAAGCCGCUGGGGAAGUCUUGGGGAAGACACAUGAUGAGUUGAUGUAUGCCUUUGGGGUAUACAUGGUGAAGAGAAUAGGAAACUAUGGAUAUGAGCGAAUACUCAAGGUUUUGGGCCGUAAUGUUCGUGACUUCAUUAAUGAGCUGGAUAACCUGCAUGAGUAUUUCCGGUUCUCCUUCCCCAAAGUACAGCCACCAAGUUUCUGUGUAGAAGAAGAGUGUGAAACAAGCCUAACGCUCCAUUACCGCAGCACGCGCAAAGGCUUCACGCAGUUUGUGAAGGGGCAACUAUCACAGGUGGGUCGGCAGUUCUACAACACUGACAUUGAAGUUGAAAUCUUGUCAAAGGAAGAGACUGAAAAGAUGACUUAUGUGGUCUACAAGAUGAACUUUGACAAUGCUGCCUUCAAACAUCGUAUGCCUCAACAGAAGACUGCUCCUGGGUAUGAGAAACUUCCAAUGAAGCGAGGGAUCUUCUUUGACAUGUUCCCCUUCAGUGUCAUUUUCCGACGAGACAUGACAAUGUACCGCAUAGGAGAUGGCCUCAAAGAGGUCUUCUCUGACUUACAGGGCAAGAAGUUCAACGAAGAAUUCACUCUUGUACGGCCCAUGCUGGAAUUCAGUUGGGAUAAUAUUUACACACAUCUGAACAAUGUCUUUGAGUUACUCUCUAAGGCAGUUGUGGAGAGCAAGCAGAAAAUGAACCUGCCGAAACUGAGCAAGAAGGAGGGAGAAGAGGCAGAAGAGAAGGAGGAGAGUGAGAAGCCCAAGAAAGAGGAGAGGGAGCUUAAAGCCCUGGAAGAGAUGAAGGGUGCUGACAAGGAAUACAGCAAUGCUCUCACUCCUUAUAACAGCACUGCAAACACCGGGGCUGAAGAUAUUGAACUGCUAGCCUUCCAGACUGUUACAGGAAAAUGCAGUGAAACCAUAUUUGAAGACAUGAGGGAGCCUCCAAAAAAGCCAUUGCACCUGAAAGGCCAGAUGAAGUAUGUCCCACAGUGGGACUCUCUCAUUUUCCUGGGGACACCCAUUAUAGAAACGGUGGAAGACAUGAUUAAGAUGGGAGUCUAUGUAAAUGACCUGAAUCUUCAUGACUCAAGCAGGGAGCUAAUCCUUGCUGGAACCCAGCAGUCCGCUGAACUUCAGCUCGCCUUGGAUCAGGAGCAACAGAAAUAUGCACAGCUACAAGAGAUUAUUAAAAAGCUAGAUGAGGAAAAGAAAAGGGGAGACUCUCUGCUGUAUGCCAUGAUCCCAAAGGCUGUCGCUGAUCGACUGAGAAAAGGCAUUACUGCCCUGGAGACCUGUCAGGUAUUUCCAGAUGUGACCAUACUGUUUAGUGAUGUGGUCAAAUUCAAUGAGAUCUGCAUCCAUAUCACUCCCAUGCAGGUGGUGGACAUGUUGAAUGAAAUUUACAUUGUGUUUGAUACGCUAAGUGAGAAGCACAAUGUUUACAAGGUGGAAACAAUCAGAGAUGCCUACAUGGUGGUAGCAGGAGUUCCCAACAAAACUACUUUUCAUGCCCACCACAUCUGUGACAUGGCAUUAGAUAUGCUGAGUUCUAUUGAUCAUCUUAAAGAUCCAUCCACUGGGGAUAACAUCCAAAUACGAGUUGGAAUCCAUUCAGGCAUGGUUGUUGCUGGUGUUGUUGGUCUGAAGAUGCCCCGAUAUUGUUUGUUUGGAGACACAGUCAAUACAGCUUCUCGAAUGGAAAGCAAUGGAGUGGGAAUGCAGAUCCACAUAAGCCAGACUACUAAGGACCACUUGGAGCAUGAACCAUAUAUCAUCGAGGAGAGAGGCAAAAUCUUUGUUAAGGUUGCAGUGGCAAUAUUUAAUAAACAGUUGUUGGAAAUUCUACAGAAUGUUCCCUUUAUAUUCUCUUUUGAAUUAUCUUAAGAGAAAAAAUGUACAGAAGUAAACCAAUAAUGAUAAAUUUCAAAAACCUCAGAAAUCGACUUGGAGACACACCACUUUCUGUUCCUGUGAUUUAUUUUCUCUGUUUUUCUAAAUGAAAAUAUUCUCUGCAUGUCUGUACUGUAUGCCUUUUGCAAAGCAUGGGAACAAAUAUCAGUUUAGGUAGCAUUUCAGUUUUUUUUGACAAACAUAUGUACAAGGGUAGGAUAAAUUUCAACUUUAAAAGAAAUUUUAAUGAAUCUGCUAUAAGCUGUGAAUAGGCUGAUGAUUUAGAAGAAAAUGCUGAUAUA